AUGAAAGGCACUGCUGGAAGCAAAAAAUAUGAAAUUCCAGGAAGUUGUGAUCAAAAUGAUUACGAUAUCCCUGAGCUUGGACGGCAACAAGAAUAUUCUUGCCAAACAUAUACAAAACGUAAAAUGUAUGAAAGAGAUAAGAACGGUGAACUUAUUCAGAUCGAAAAAGAUCCCAAAAUUCCGGCACGACCAGUGAGUCCAGUAAGACCUGUAAGUCCAGUACGACCUAUAACCCCUAUAAAUAAACUGAAUUCGGCUUUUCCGUCAAGGGAUAUUUCAAAACAAUUACAUCUCAGUAAUUAUAAUAGAAGAAAUACUAAACCAUAUUAUCAUGAAUAUCGUUCUGCCACAACAAUACAACCUUUCGAUGUUUGUCCCAUCUCUAUACCACGCAUUGAAAUCGACAAACUAAGAAACACUGAUCUAGCUUCAUCACGUAAUGCAACGUCUUUUCAAGAUUAUAGCCUUCCAUAUUCUACUCAUUCUGGAUAUGUCAAUCCUAAAGCUUAUUCAAUAACACCAAGUAAGAAAAUAAUCAAGGAAAGUCGUCUGAUAUCUGUUCAUGAUGGACAACCUGUAGGUCCUGUUACUAGAACUGUUCGCUAUGCUCCUAAAUAUUCGAGUUCAAAAUAUAAUAAUGAUAAUCAAGAUAGCAAUUACAACAGUACUGCAUUCAAUAAACAUCGAAAGUAA